UUUCAAACAGAGUGGAAAUGGACGGAGAUUUUGAGGUUUUAAUAGAGUAAUUUCACAUGCCAAGAAAAUCAACUUCUUACGACACACCUACCAGAAAACCAUCAAUACAAAAAAACCAAAAGCCAAAAAACGCACUUCUUCACGCAUACACAAAAAAACGCAUUUCCUCCGCUUCAGCAAUGGCUCAGGUCUCCAUCUCGCUGCUUAAUUUCCUCAACGACGGCGAAGAUGACGUUAUCGAACAUCAAAACGUCGUCGUAGAGGACCUCGACUCUUCUCCUUACUGGCCUCUCAGUUUCGGUGACUUCGAUUUGUACGCUCCUCCAGAUCUCUCCGAUUUCCCUCGCCGUCCCCAAAUCUCUUCGUCUUCUCGUCGGAGGGCCGGUUUUGGCUUAAGAGACGACGUUUCAGAAACUGAUUCGAUUGUCACCGUCAUGGACCGCGAGAACCAAGUAAACUUUGUUAUGGACAUGUUUCAGCAACGGGUUGAGCAAUCUCAAUCUUCGACCCGUGUGGUUUCGGGCCCUGAUUUGCUCCAUGCGGAGCCCGAAUUGGAGGCCGAUUUCGGUGUGAUUGAAGGGAAUGACUUUAUGGGCUUGAGUAGCUUAGAUAUAGAUUUUGGGCUAGGGUUAGGUUUUCGUGGGGACACUGAUAAUUCUGGAUUCCAUGUUGAAGAUUGUGAUGGCCCUGAGCAGUUUGUUAAUGGGUUGAGGGUUGUGGAUAUUGAAUCUGACUCGGAUUCUGAUGAGAACUGCGUUUUAGGCAGAUUAUUCAAUGUGGAUGAAGCUGAUGGGGACGAUGAAGACGAGAAUAUUCGUGACAAUGAGAGUGAUGACCCAAGUCUUCGCCUGUGUUGGGGUUCCUUCCAGUUGGAGGAUCAUAGGGAUGUGAAUGAGGACUUUGAGUGGGAAGAAAUUGAUGGAAGAGUUGAUGAGAGAGAGAUUCUGAGCAUGUUCUUAGAUGAUGAUGAGAUAUCUGAAUCUGCUGGCCCAGAGGAUAGAGCAAGAGAAUUGGAAAAUUUGGACUGGGAGUUUCUGUUAAAUGUUCAGAAUUUGGAACCUGACCCAGAAAUUAGAAAUGGCGAGUUCGAUAUGGGUCGUCAUAUGGAUCAAGACGAUUACAAUUACACUACUGAGUAUGAGCUAUUGUUCGGACAGUUUGCCGAGAGCGAGAUUGGUUUUGUUGGAAGACCACCAGCUUCCAAGACUGUUGUUAGAGACCUUCCAACUGUGGCUGUGAGUAAAGAUGAUUUGGAAAAGAACAAUGCUACUUGUGCUAUCUGCAAGGAUGAGAUGAAUUUGGGAGAAAAGGCUAGACAUUUACCAUGCGCUCAUAGGUAUCAUGAUGACUGUAUUCUGCCUUGGCUUGGGAUUAGGAAUACCUGUCCAGUUUGUCGAUAUGAGUUGCCCACUGAUGAUCCUGGCUAUGAGAGAAGGAGAAGGGUCCAGACUCAAAGAGUUGGUCAACUUGAUUAAAGGACAUUGUAGGUUUGGUUCAUCAUGUAUAGUUUCAGUUGCUUCACAACUUGGCAGAACAAAACCAGAGUUCUCGCUGGGACUGUGACUGCUUGCAAUUAGCGCACACACCUCCCCCCAAAUGCCAUCAGGUUGUGUAUGGCCAACAGGAUGAUGGGCUAGUUGAUCAAGGUUGGAGAGAAGCUUUAUUGAAAUUUGUUUGGAUAACUUAACUUUUGUUCUGGAGACAAUGAUUCCGUAAUCCCAUCACUGUUAUCAAAACAAUUAGGAUAUCUCCAUUUGUUUAUAUUCGUAAGAGGAUGAAUUUAUUAAACUACAGAUCAUGGGGAAGUUUUAAAUGGAGCUUGCUAGUUGUUGGCUAAAACGUGGACAAGUGCAGAAUUUGUCUCGUCCAGCCAGAUGUAUUAUUUUAAGUUUGCCAACUUGUAAAUUAUUGUUCUUGAAUUUGUAGUUUGAUAUUGAAAAUUAAUAAUAUUGCUUGGUUCUUUUGGAAAAAUACGAAG